UCAUGAUUGCUUGGUUUUGGUAUCCAAACGUUUUAGAUAGCUGGAAAAUAAAAAAGCAAUAAACUUAGCCAUUUGAUUAUAAUUCAUGCUGUUCCUAAUCAUAAUUUAGUUUUGAACGUUAGUAGCCAAGGCCACAAGUUAAACGGUAACUAACAACUCUAGAAAAAUAAAACUUACCAUAGUCGGUAAAAUAGCAUAUAUAACAUGAUUGCAUGAAUUUAUAAUUAAAGAUUUCACAGUCAUAGGGUAAGAAAUAAUAUUUCUACAAAAUAAAAUAUAUUGUACAUAACCGUAAAAAAAUUCUUUUCCUCAUGCCUACCGACCUAACAGAAAAUUCUCAUCUACAUGAUGUAGGUAAAAACUCAACUAGGUAAAAGGGUGAAUUAAAUGGAUGUAUGCUUAUUCACAUACAACAGAAACCUCAUGUAUGUGAGUUAUGUAACAUGUCAUUUUCUCAAAAGUAUAGAUUAAAUAAUCAUAUGCUUAUUCAUACUAGAGAGAAACCUCAUGUGUGUGAGGUAUGUAACAAGUCAUUUAGAAAAAUCGGUGAUUUAAACAGACAUUUACUUAUUCACACAGGAGAAAAACCUCAUAUAUGUGAGGUAUGUAACAAUGCAUUUGCUCAAAAGUGUAGGUUAAACUACCAUAUGCUUAAUCAUACUGGAGAGAAACCUCAUGUGUGUGAGGUAUGUAACAAAUCAUUUAGACUUAAGUUACGCUUAAAAAAUCAUAUGCUUAUUCACACAGGAGAGAAACCUCAUGUGUGCGAGGUAUGUAAUAACUCAUUUAGAGAAAAGUGUGCUUUAAAAAGGCACCUACUUGUUCACUCAGGCGAGAGACCUCAUAUAUGUGAAGUUUGUAACAUGACAUUUGCUAAAAGGUGUGUGUUAAAUGACCAUAGGAGUAUUCAUACUGAAGGGAAACCUCAUGUUUGUGAGGAAUGUCACAAGUCAUUUAGAAAAAUCAGUGAUUUAAACAAGCAUCUACUUAUUCACACAGGAGAGAAACCUCACUUAUGUGUAGUAUGUAACAUUGCAUUUGCUCAAAAGUGUAACUUAAAUUACCAUAUGCUUAUUCAUACUGGAGAGAAACCUCAUGUGUGUGAGGUAUGUAACAAAUCAUUUAGACGUAAGUUACAUUUAAAAAAUCAUAUGCGUAGUCACACAAGAGAGAGACCUCAUAUAUGUGAAGUUUGUAAUGCAUCAUUUGCUAAAGAGUGUUUAUUAAAUGACCAUAUGCAUAUUCAUACUGGAGAAAAACCUCAUGUGUGUGAAGUAUGCAACAAGUCAUUUAGACUAACAGUUCAUUUAAACAGGCAUCUACUUAUUCACAAUGGAAAGAAGCUUCAUGUGUGUGAGAUAUGUAAUAAGUCAUUUAAAUGGAAGUAUAAUUUAAAACGCCAUAUGAUUAUUCACACAGGGCAGAAACUUCAUGUUUGUGAUAUAUGUAAUAAGUCAUUUGGACAAAAGAGUUCUUUAAAGAAGCAUAUGCAUAUUCACACAGUAGACAAAUCAUUUAGACAGAAGAGUUCUUUAAGAAAGCAUAUGCUUAUUGAAACCGGAGAAAAACUUCAUGAGUCGCAUAUGUAACAAAUAACUUAUGGUUGAAGACGUAUUUAUUUUCUUUUACGGAAAAGUUAGAUUAAUAAGAACUUUUUCUUAUUUGUAUAGUAAGGGCUUGUUCAUGCAGGAAAGAAAUUUCGUUAUACUAGUAGUGUGUAAUUUGUCAUUUCUUCUAAAUUAAUAUUAAAUCUUCU